AUGCCACUCCUUCUCCGUUUGUGUCUACGUAUCGUAGAUCCGGAUGGUGCAGAAAUGAUGAUGUGGUUGUCUUACUCCGUGAUUAGCACUACAACUGCAAGUGAUGUGAUUCGUUUUGCUCAGCGAACUGUUUGUGAGCGGCUCGGUGCGAGUCUUGCUGCACCUGUAGGGGAAUUAACGUUGUGUAUACGUGAUAUCUUUAUGAGGUUUGUGGCCGUCGGCACCUUAGCUUCCUCCAAGAAUGAGGUUCCGAUAACAACUAUGCGUUUCUUCGAGGAGUUGCUUCGCGCAAACCGAGAGAACCGAAGUAGUUCUUCCAUGUGUAUGGGAGGUGAUGGAGCAUGGCAGAAAUUUAUAGUAAUCCAAGGCGCCCUUGCACCUACAAAAGUGCUGCGACACCUCGAUGUUCCUAAAAGUGCCGGAACGACGCAUCCAUCGUGCAGGUGCCAAAUAGUUGAGGUUCCCUCGGAAUUGGGUAGAGAACCGCUUUCAGUGGAUGAUCCCUUAGGUACGUCUCGAAACAGUUUGGUAAGUUACACAAAUGAGACAGCGUUUGCCUCUCCCAAACUAGAGGUUAAUGAUAACGAUGAUAGCGUGGUUAUCAACAGUAGCGCGAGUGAAAUGAGGGACUCGAUGUCUGUUGACGUGCGCCAUGUUAGUGUGGAAGGUGAGCAGCAUACGAUUACACUUCGUGCCGCUGACCUCCAAUCGUUGGAAACCGCCUUGUUGAAAUGCUGUGAGGAUUUGGGUCCGAAAGCGGGGUAUGAGUUAGAACCAUCGAGGAUGCGUUUGAUGUACAGCACAGAGGAGAACACCCAAAGUUUCCCGGUUGAAACUGAUAUGGUGCUGAAACAAACACUAGAGAACCCAAAUGUUACGUGUCUUUCCCUCGUGGAAAGGUCGCAAGUAUCUAACUCAGCCUCUGACACCGCUACUUUAAGUGAGAGAACAGGUUUGGCACGUACAAGAAGGGAACCGAUCGAUGACAGCAGUCAUGAACCAUUUGCAGAUGUGACACCAAUGGAGUUAAGAAGAAAUGCGUGCGUAAUACCGGGUGCAACACCCAAGAAACCUCUAAUUCUGAAGCAUGUGGACACCGUUCCACCACUGCCGGCAUUUUCGUCCCUCAAUGACUUGUCUCCGGUUGAAAAUUCAUUCAGACCAAUGAAAGCAAAUGGGAAAAGACGAACGAGCGAUUUGGUGAAAGGAGAUAUAACGGGUUCUAACUCGGAACUGGCAUCUUUUCACCGAGACAUGGAUGAAGCGCUUGGAUACUACUAUAGGAUUGUGGAAGAAAAUAACAGGUCUAUCGGCAUGCUGCAGCAUCAAGUAUCUUCGCUCACAAACGAACUGAAGGGAUACAACAAUGCAGAGCAGGACUGCAAGAGUCUCGAGAAAAUUUUAGAGAGACUCAGAAUGAAUGUGGGCAGGGGAGAAAGUCGGCAAAAGGGCCUUUUACAGGAACUUGACGAAUUGUGA